AUGGACAGGGGCACAGGGAAUGGGCAUGGGUAUGGGGCAUACAUGCAGGGUGCAGGAAGUGUAGAGUCGAGUGCGGGCCCGUGGCUGGGAGCGGCGGUAGUGAGACCAGAGCUGCACGCUCCAGCUCCCCUUUUCCCUCCUUGGUUUCUCUCCACUCCCCUGAGUAACUUGGCUCCAGGGGCUCCGCUCUCUCGCCCACCCGCCCGCCUGCCGCACACCGCCGAGGACCGCGCCACAGGCCACCGCCGCCAGCACCCCGCUUCCAACGGUCUUCGCUGCACAGGCUGGACGCCUCUCCCCCCUCCGCCCCGCCGCGGAAAGCAUUUAUUCACCAGUAAGGAUCUGGGAUCCCGGUGGAUUCUGAAGAGGUCUCACUCUAUAGAUGUUUUGAUUUCUGGUUCUGGUGAGACUCUGGGGUAUUGUUUACUGGCCAUUGAUGAGCCUCCUAGCAGUGCACCUCCUAGUAACAGUGGAACUGGAAUUCUUCCUUCUCCAUCCACUCCUAGGUUUUCAACUCCAAGGACUCCAAGGACUCCUCGGACUCCUUGUGGAGCUGGUGGACCUUCUAGUGCUCAAGGUUCAGUCAAAUAUGAAAAUUCAGACUUGUAUUCACCAGCUUCUACUCCAUCCACAUGCAGACCCCUUAAUUCUGUUGAACCUGCAACUGUUCCUUCCAUCCCUGAAGCACACAGUCUUUAUGUAAACCUCAUUCUUUCAGAAUCAGUUAUGAAUUUGUUUAAAGACUGUAACUUUGAUAGUUGCUGUAUCUGUGUCUGCAAUAUGAAUAUCAAGGGUGCCGAUGUUGGAGUUUACAUUCCAGAUCCGACACAGGAAGCCCAGUAUAGGUGUACCUGUGGAUUCAGUGCUGUCAUGAACAGAAAAUUUGGAAACAAUUCAGGAUUAUUUCUUGAAGAUGAACUAGAUAUCAUAGGACACAACACAGAAUGUGGUAAAGAAGCAGAAAAACAUUUUGAAACUCUCAGGGCUACCUCGGCUGAACAUGUUAAUGGAGGACUUAAGGAAUCUGAAAAAUUGCCUGAUGAAUUAAUACUGUUGCUACAAGAUCAGUGCACUAAUUUAUUUUCACCCUUUGGAGCAGCAGACCAAGAUCUUUUUCCAAAAAUUGGUGUGAUUAACAAUUGGGUACGAGUUGAAGAACGGGACUGUUGCAAUGAUUGCUACCUUGCGUUAGAACAUGGGCGUCAGUUCAUGGAUAAUAUGUCAGGAGGAAAAGUUGAUGAAGCACUUGUGAAAAGUUCAUGUUUGUAUCUCUGGUCCAAAAGAAAUGUUAUAGAUGUGAGUAUGCCAUGUUCACAGGAUAUACUUCGAAUGCUCCUUUCUCUUCAACCAGUUCUUCAGGAUGCUAUUCAGAAAAAAAGAACAGUAAGGCCUUGGGGGGUUCAAGGUCCUCUCACUUGGCAACAGUUUCAUAAAAUGGCUGGUCGAGGCUCUUAUGGAACUGAUGAAUCCCCAGAACCACUGCCAAUCCCCACAUUUCUGUUGGGUUAUGAUUAUGAGUUUCUGGUGCUUUCUCCAUUUGCUCUUCCUUAUUGGGAGAGACUUAUGCUGGAACCCUAUGGAUAUCAAAGAGAUAUAGCCUAUGUUGAACUGUGUCCUGAAAAUGAAGCCUUGUUAAAUGGAGCCAAAAGCUUUUUCAGAGAUCUUACUGCAAUUUAUGAGUCCUGUCGAUUAGGACAACAUAGACCUAUUUCACGACUGUUGACAGAUGGCAUCAUGAAAGUUGGAUCUACAGCAUCAAAGAAACUGUCAGAACAUUUGGUAACAGAAUGGUUUUCUCAGGCAGCUGAUUGUAACAAUGAAGCAUUUUCUAAACUCAAGCUUUAUGCACAAGUCUGCAGAUAUGACCUAGGUCCUUAUCUUGCUUCUCAGCCAUUGGAUAGCACGCUGCUUUCCCAGUCAAAUUUAGUUGUCCCUACAAGUCAGUCUUCGAUUACUUCACCUCAGAUGACAAAUACUGGAAAUGCUAACACUCCAUCCACCACCCUUGCAUCUGCAGCAAGCAACACUGUGACAUUGACUUCAAGUGGUGCCAUGUCUUCUUCAGUUGCCACAGCUAACUCAACUUUGACCACAGCUUCAACUUCAUCUUCGUCAUCUUCCAACUUGAAUAGUGGAGUAUCAUCAAAUAAACUAACUUCAUUUCCACCCUUUGGCAGUAUGAAUAGUAGUGCUGCACCAUCCAUGUCUACACAGACAACUACAGUUCAGAAUAGCCAGCUAGGAGGGCAACAGGGUCAGCACACCCAGAGUUCAAUGGGCAUGUCUCGCCCUGGGAAAACCAGCUUUGUGAUCAUAGUAUUUUGUCUUCCAGAAAUGCCUAGAGAGUUCAUCUGA